GGCGCUGUCAGUCAGGAGGCGGAAGUUGGUGCCGGCGGGAAGGUUGUAGUGCGGAGUACCGUUGUGCUCUUGCUGGGAUCUGCGUGGGCGCGCCCCUCCUGCACAACAACGACCCGACAGCGAGGUUUCUCGGGUCCCCUCGCAUCCGGAUGAUUGUAAAGUGCUGAUCAGUGGCCACUGAAUAGAAUUGAAACAGAAUAGGAAGAUGGCAGCAAAUCCUUCAGGACAAGGUUUUCAAAAUAAAAACAGAGUUGCGAUUUUGGCUGAACUGGACAAAGAGAAAAGAAAAUUACUUAUGCAGAACCAAUCUUCAGCAAGUCACCCUGGAGCUAGCAUCUCCCUCUCCAGACCCUCUCUUAAUAAGGACUUUCGGGAUCAUGCUGAGCAGCAGCACAUUGCAGCCCAGCAGAAGGCAGCCCUGCAGCAUGCUCACGCACAUUCAUCCGGAUACUUCAUAACUCAAGACUCAGCCUUCGGGAAUCUCAUUCUCCCUGUUUUACCUCGCCUUGACCCAGAAUGAAGACGGUGUCUGGAUAAAGGGACCUCAUACUAUCCAGUGGCAGAGCUCUCACUCAGCUCUGUACAAACUGACUUUCGGAACUUUGGAGAACUUAGUUUUUGUUUCUUUAAGAAAGGAAUAGUGAGUGAGUGAGAAGAAGGGAGCUGGAUGCUGAGGACUUUGGAAGCUCUAUUGCUGGCAGAGUUGGUUGUGCUGGCCAUGACUACGUUUUUUGUAUUACCAUUUAACUCUUCACUCUCAGACUCAGAAUCGCUUAGUUUCAUAAAAUCUGCAUCACGUUCUUCAAGUCGGACUGAAUGUCUCCUGCAUGAAGCCCUGGGGUUGACCCCAGCACUACACAGACAAGCUCUGAUGUGCAUGCCCGUAAUCUCAGGGGCAUAGAGAAACACAGGCGGGAGGAUGAGAACUUCAAAACCGUCCUUGCCUAGGUAGUAGUGAUUUUGAGACCAGUCUGAGGAUAUAAGACUGUGCCUCAAAACACACACACACACACACACACACACACACACACACACACACACACACACACACACACACACCGAAAGAACCAUGUAUAGCCCUAACUUUAGAGAAAUGAGGAUGCUUUUUAAAAAUGCAAAUAAGCCAGGUGGUGGUGGCGCACGCCUUUAAUCCCAGCACUGGGGAGGCAAAGCCAGGCGGAUCUCUGUGAGUUCAAGGUCAGCCUGGGCUACAGAGUGAGAUCCAGGACAGGCACCAAAACUACACAGAGAAAUCCUGUCUCCAACCACCCACACACACCAAAAACAAUGCAAACAACAGGCUUACAUUACAAACAUUUGUGGUUUCUGUGCUCAGAAGCAAUCCAGAAAUAUUCUGAGUUGAUAACUAGUUCUCCUACUCUGAAUUUUAAAAGAAAAUUACAAAUAAGACUCAAUUACCAACCAAUCUUAAAUCAUUUUCAAAUAAAUGCUAUUAUAAAUGAUGUGACUAAAUACUGUUAUGAAAAACAACUAAGUAAUAUGGUGGCUUUAAAUAUAUUUGUCUUCUCACUUCAUUUUGCUACAGAAGUGGUGUGUCUGAGUGGUCUUAUAUUUUUAUCUAAUUGAAAAUUUAAAAUUAGGCAAAUUAGGCCUUUUAAAGUCUUUUAAAUAAAAAAGACUUAAGUUAAGCAAGUUACUCAAUAGGGCCCAACUUUAACAAGAAACUAAGGUGCUUACUUAGAUAUGUAGUUACCACUGUCUGCCCUUUCUCCUACAAAACUAGAGUGUGAGUAAAAUAAAAUGUGAGCCGGGCAGUGGUGGCGCACGCCUGUAAUCCCAGUGCUCGGGAGGCAGAGACAGGCGGAUCUCUGUGAGUUCAAGGCCAGCCUGGGCUACAGAGUGAGAUCCAGGACAGACUCCAAAGCUACACAGAGAAACCCUGUCUCAAAAAAACAAAAUAAAUAAAUAAAUAAAAAAUCAAGUGUGGAAGCAUGGGUUAGACAGUUCUGGAACACAUCUUGCACACAAAUGUCAUGAUCACAGUGAUCUUUGUGAGGAUCCUGAGGACUGACCCUAGGGAUUUGUAAAAGCUGUGCAGUGUUGUCUCCCUGAGCCACAGUCCCAGUCCCUCUGCGACCCGUGUAACAGACUGUCCUGCAUCCCCAUCUGGUGUGGGGCGUUUAAACCUCACGUUUUCAGUCGGGUCAGCCUUCAGCCACAGUUAGGCUCCUGAUCGUUCCCUGUAGGUGUUUUCACCAAGCACAGCACCCCUGCUCAAAGGAAGCAGUAGCGAGCAGUCCUAGAAGACGCUGUGCCUCUUAAGAACGGGAACUGACUUGUACAUCUGAGUGAGGUGGAACUCUUCUAGUUAUAAAAGUGCCCCCACUGCAGGGCGUCCUCAUAUCUGCCGUGUCUGCUCCUCUCCUGCCAAAAGACCGUCCAGCGUCUGUCUCCUUGGGCUCCUAGGAGCUGUGUCUGUUCUGUGGGAUUCCUGACAUACUGACACGGUUCUAAAUCUGUCUACUGAUACUAGGGAGAUCAGUGUGUGUAUAGUUUCCACUAUUGAAGCCUUGGCCUACUGUGUGACUUUGUAAUUUAGGUGCCUGUGUUCCUUUCCUGUUUCUGACAUAAAGUACCCUGAGGAAAAAACCCUAAGGGAGAAAGGCUGGUGUUGGCUCACAGUUCAAGACACCGUCCAUCGGGUGGAGAAGUCAACGCAGCAGGAGCCGGAAGCAACUGGUCGACCUCAUCUACAGUCCAGUGGAGGACAAAGAGCAGGUGCUACCGUUUUCUCCUGCACAGCCGGGCAGUGGUUCUGCUCCCAACAGUGGUGUAUCUUCUACCUCAGUUAACACUAUCAGAGGAUUCUGAAAGGCAUGCCCAGAGGCCCAUCUCCCAGGUGAUUCUGGGUUGUGUCACACUGAUGAUGCCAUCCCACCAACUAGGACUUUUCACUGGUCCUCUGCCUUGUGUAACAGAUACACAGAGAUGAGUAUGUGGCAUGUGCUGUGCGUGAGAGACAAAAAGAUCACUGAGACCUGUGUAUGGGGAGGUGACAUUGAGGAGGCCUACUCUGGCAUACAAGUAGUCAUAAAGCAAGCCGUUAUGGCACAAGAGAGGCAUCUUGGUGUACACUGCAGUCUGGAGAGGGUUAUAAGUAUGUAGGUGAUGUAACUCGCAAGAGUGAAGGGUGCCCCAGACAAAGGUCAGAACUGCAGUCCAGUCCAGUGUAGUGGAUCAUGACUAAUCCUAGCACUCAGGUAAGGCCAGCCUGGGCUACAGAGUAUGCCCUACUCCUUAGCCGUACCCACACCCCCCAAAACAGUAUGAUGAAAGAGAAUGAGCUGGGUCAGGGAUGAGUCAGCCUGCAGUGUUGAAGACAGGAUUGGAUUCAGCUGAAGCCCUUAAGUGAAAUGUCUGCCAGUGCUCUUUCUCUGAGCUCAUGGGUGAAUUUAGGUAAAUCUCCGAACCUUUUUGCACGCCAUGCCAUCUAUAAAAUGGGAAUAGCACACACUGACUAUUGUCUUACUUGUUUAGGCCGGUAUUUUUUAAAGUACAAGUCUCAGCUCGUUUCUCCAGUUAAGGCAGCUUAAUGGUUUAAUGCAUUGUAUCCGCAUUAAAUAAAAAAGAAAAAGGAAACUGUACCGCAUGUGUUAAUUGGUGCUUUAGUUUCAUGAAAGUUCUGUGUAUGUAGUUUGCAUUCUAUUUAUAAGUCUUCAAGGGUAAAGAUUGUGGGUUUUCUCUCUCCUCUUCAUCUAGAAAAAUACCUGCUAUGUUGGGGUAGUUUUAUCUACUUAUUGAAAGAGUGAAUGCAAGAAUACGUACACGCCCCCAACCUUGGUUGCAGAGUAAAAUAAAAAUUUCUCCACCUUGUUUUUGAAAUAGGGUCUGCUGCUGACGCUGGAGCUCACUGAUUUUGUUAGACUGACCAGCAAGCCCCAGGGAUCCUCCUUUUAAGUUCUGGGGUUACAGUGCCGGCCAGGCUUUUAUGUGGGUGCUGGGGGUUGAACUUAGGUCCACAUGCUUGUGGUUUACAAUUUGAGCCAUCUCCCUAGCUCCUAAAAAGAUGUUUUUGUAUAUGUGUGUUUUGUUUUUCUGAGACACGGAAAAUAAAAUUUGAAUACUUGA